AUGCGUCUCUCCACAUUCCUCACUCUUAUCCUUGCCUCCAGCCCGGCCUUGGUAUCAGCAACUGGCACCUUAGGCUUCUGUCUCGGUGUGAAAAACGCCGAUGGAACCUGCAAAUCGCGCAAGGAUUUCGAAGACGACUUUGAUGUCCUGAUGGCCCAUACGAAGAUCGUCCGUACCUACGCCGCGGCCGAUUGCAACAAUGCAGAGGCUAUCUUGCCCGCUGCCAAAUCUAAGGGGUUCAAGGUUGUUCUAGGUAUUUGGCCUGAUGUCGAGGAAUCAUUCAAUGCCGACACAAAGGCCAUUCAAAAGGCCAUCCCAGGCCACGAGGACGUCGUCGCUGCCAUCACCGUUGGCUCUGAGACGCUGUACCGCGGCAACUUCACCGGCGAAGAACUCCUGAGCAAGAUCAAUACUGUCAAGAAGAUGUUCCCUAAGGUCAAGGUUGGGACUGCAGACAGCUGGAACAAGUACGACGAUGGUACCGCUGACGCCUUGAUUAAGGGUGGUGUGGAUUAUUUCCUCGUCAAUGCCUUCGCCUUCUGGCAGGGUAAGGCUGCCCAGGAUGCCACCGAAACCCUCCUCGAUGAUAUGGCCCGCGCCGUGAGCCAUAUCCAGCUCCUCGCCGGCUCCCGUGCUAAAGACAUCUACAUCGCUACUGGUGAAACCGGCUGGCCAAGCGAUGGCGGCUCCGACUACGAAGACGCGAAAGCCGGCACCGCGAACGCGAAGAUCUUCCACGACAAGGGUGUGUGCGCCCUGCUGCGCUGGAAUGUGGAUGUGUUCUUCUUCGAGGCCUUUGAUGAGCCAUGGAAGCCGAAGAGUGUUGGGGAUAAUGGCUAUGCUGCUGAUGAGACGCACUGGGGCUUGUAUACGGCUGAUCGCAAGCCGAAGUAUAUCCAGAGCGGCAAGCGGGUGCUUGCUGCUACAGACGACACGGAAAGCUCACCUCUGCCCGCCGACUCGGCCAAUCCGGUGCUCCGUUCAACGUUUGUUAACGGAGAGUGCGAGAUAUCCACCGUGCAAGACAAUCCCAUUGCGACAAUACCAUCUCUGAAGCGUUCAGUGGCUCCAGGGGCAGCAAGCCUCCAGGCUGCUCCCUCGCUCGAACUGCCCUUACCCUCAUUACCCAAGUAUCACACCGAGUCAGACUCGUUAUCGUCGUCUUCCCCAGAGCACAGAAGGCCCGCUAGCAGCGUUUAUUAUACUACGACUUGGGGCUCACCGUAUGCGACUCCCAGUCCCAAACGGUAUCCAUCAUCUUUUAGAAGCCGGCGUCAUCGAGAGGAAGAAGAGGGAGAAGGAGUAGAAGACGGAGGAGAAGGGAGAGCAGGAGUUUACAAUAGCUGGGAAUCCUCCCCUUUAUCUACGAGGAGUAUAAAUCCUAAAGCAAGCAGGGCUAGUAGUCGAGUUUCUCUGAAGCCCUCUGCGCGGUUCUCGAGACGUUUCUACGACUCUACUGGAAAAAGUGCCGGAAGGGGUCGACGGGGGAAUCCCACCAAGGAUUUCACUGAGGAGUGGAUCAAUCAGUAUCUCUCUGGCCAACUUCGAACAGAACGUACAAACUGGCUGAGUGACGACUCGGCAGAUAGCGGCACGGGUUCAUUUCUCACCGCCAGGAACCACCUGAGCGAAGACCAGUCUGAAGGCUGGCUUGGGCUGGAAGACGAUUCCCAGGACGAAGAUCACCUUCGGACUCCAACUUCUCAUACCUUUGGAAAAGGCAAAUCUAGGGAUUUGCAUAGGGACGGCAGUCUGCCCUCUCGACCACCCCGCAUGUGGUCAAAACAUAUGCCGAAGAAGAGCACAGAUACUUUGAAACAGUCCGACUUUUGGGAUUUUGGAUACGACCCUGACGCCGUUCAUACCACCGCCAUUAUGUCGGACAAAGACGCGUCCAGGGGCCUGAGCCCGUACACAGGCUCGUCAUCAGUUGGUGAUUCGAGUCUCCCGAUCUCCCCCAUUGACAAGCCACUCCCUCCACCUCCCGCGAAUGAACAGAAUGACGGUGUAUCUCAAUCACCUUCCGUCAGCCCUCUCCUCCCUUUAAAACAGACACGGAUAUCAACGCCUGUUUUCCAACGGCCCAAAAAGAGAGUCCAAUGGGGCAAGAAGCAAUGCAUCAUCGCAAUGCCCCUCGAGGACAAUCGGGGCUCCUGUUCUGGUCCCGGUAGCUUCCCCCUUCUCACCCCCGCCGGUGUCGCGGAACGGUUGAAGAUGUGGGAAGAGGAAGGAUAUGAUACUCGUGGCUAUGAAGAGAAUCUUUUUAUAGGAGGAGGGGGGGGAGGAAGCGAAGCCGUGAGUGGCUCGCAAAGUCGACCGGCAUACCCAGACCCAAACGAUUGUCAAAGCGAAUGGCGCGAGAAUAAAUACAACAUCAGCUUCCCCGAUCAAUCCGAAUGGGACACUUACGUUAAUUUCCUUAAGGAGGAAAAGCUGCGUGCACUGGGCGUAUUCCUCGAUCCCGAACCGCCUGCUUCUGCCAUUUCGCAAGGGUCCGUACAGCUGAACCAGACAUCGUCGCAUCAGUUCCCUACCCAUCUGUUUACCCCACCCAUCCCAACCUCGUCUGCGGCCAGUAAUCAGUUCGGUCUACCCACGAACCCCCUGUCUGCUCCCUUUAGCCAGCCACCACUGGCCUCCUCGACCCCGGGAGCUUUCGUCUCCCCCGUCGCUUCGCCCUUCCGGGUACCCAGCAGCUCCUCGUUCCCGAAUCAGCCUGGUCUAAUUGGAAUGGACCGUUCGUUUAAUCAAGGGUUUCCUUUCUUGCCGUUCCAGCCAACGCCUCCUGCACAAAGUUCGUUCGCCUCGCCGAAUUUCUUAGUCGGGAGACCCGGUGGUGGUGUCUCUCCUGUGAAUUCUGCGGCGUUGGCGAAUUUGAGUAUGAAUUCUAUGUUGGCUCCUGUGUCGCCGUUGAAUUCUGAUGAUGCGAAGCAAUUUCCUGGGACAAUGAAUCUGCUUUCUCAGUUUCAGGGGCUGUUACCUAUACAAUCACAACAGCAGCAGCAACCACUACAGCAACAACUUCAGCUGCAACUGCAGCUACAACAGGAGGAAGAUUCUAGUCAAUUUAUUCCUCCGUCCUUUGAUGCCUCGAACGUCCAAACAGACGCAGACUCGGAUACGAGAGAGUCACCAUCGGGACCUGAAAUCGCCCACCCAACGCCUCGCGGCCAUCGUCAUAAUGUAAGCGAAACACUCCAGAAGGGCGUGGAACAGGCCGAGUAUCACCUUGAAGACUCGAUCCGCCGUCAGUUGGAGGAAGAUGAUAGAAACCAGCUUGAUGAUGAUUUGAUGAAGUCGCGAUGGGCGGUGGCGGAUGCGCCGCUGGCUAAUGCCUCCAGCAAUGCUCAAGGGACAAUCCUUCCACAACAACAUCUCUUUAGGGAGCACAAUGAUAUAGACCGGGAAGACGAGAAACAGGAGGAUGAAGGCCUCCCUCUCGAUGGGUCCGAUAUCGAUACAAACCCUAGUCGCUCGGGCUCGUUCCAUGGCCAGUUUGGCUGUAAGAAUAUGUUCGACUCGAGCGCUGCAGCGUUUCACCAGGCACAGCGUAGUGUACGCUCGUUCAAACCGCGACACAAAUCGAGGACAUCCGUGUCAACGCUAAACGUCGAGGCGAAGGAAUUCGAUCCAUCCAGUUCCUUUGCGUCGAACACUUUCUCAUUCACUGGUAAUAGCUUCCAGCCACCACCACCUGCGAAUUUCCAGGUAUCCAACCCCAAUUCCACCUUCAGCCCGAGCCUGUCGCAGCACAGCACUACCUCAAGCUCUUUCAAUGUGGCUGCACCAUCGUUCCCUCCAGGACCUGGCCGGAGUAACAAGGGUUCCAUCUCAUCAAAUUUCAACUUCUCCACCGCGUCAUUCAACAUCGAUGCCCCCGUCUUUAAUCCUGGCCGCAGCUUCGCCUUCGAUACCACAAAUGAAAGAACUCACGUCUCCGGCUCGGAUGCUGGUAUCCCCGCCCCCGCACCAGCACCAACGUUCCCGGGAGGCAAGAUAUUCUGCGCCUUCGAUACGUCAUCCGCCAUCGUCAAGCCUGCGAAGCGAUCAAAGGCCAUCCCGAUCAUCCGGCCGGAUGACAACGUUAGCAAGAAGCCUGCGGCUACGGAUGAACGCAGGCAUGGCGAGGAUGCUGCGGGACGAGUUGGGCCGGUUGGUCGUGAGAAACGCGCUCGCCGUGCUGGUGGUGAUGGGGACGGGCAAGUUGAGUUUGCGCUUCCGAGUAACCCGCUUGCAGAGAGUAGGGAUAUGGCGUCUCUGAAUGGUGCGGUGCCGGGCACGAAUUCUUGUUCCUCUGCUGGUGGGAAGGAGAAUGUGGGACCGGAUGAGAGUGUGGAGGUAGCUGCUGAGAAGGAGGCGGAUGCUAAGGACGCUGCUGUCCCUGAAGAUAUUGCAGAUACUGCUACUGCGGUUGGGAAUAUUACCCCCGUCUCAAAAGAUACACCAAUCAGUCACACUACAGAAUGGCGACCUUUUGAAUUCGAAAAUGGAUCCGAGGCAGCCGCUUUCAGUGCUUCAUUCCCUGCGGCUCCUGGACUUCAUCUCCUGGAAACUGGGACUGACUCCGUGAUACAUGACCCGGAACAGGUACAGAAACAGGAUCAAACGGUCACUCAGGAUAAUGCUAUAGUAACGGCUAAUUGUGCCAAGAGCCCCGCUGAGAAAGAACCUUUGGUAACUGCGGAUAAUGAGGAAGCUCCUGAAAACCCCAAGGCUCCAUCUGUGCUCAAACCUACAGCCAAGGCCUUUGAAUUCAAGUCUACUAUUCCUCCUGUGACUCCCGCUCCAGUCCCAUAUGAUUCUGCAACCCCAGUCCAACCCGUCGCUCCUCUAAAACAGGCCCGACCAUCCUCCGUUCCGAAGAAAAGUGUUGGCCUCGAAGGCUCCCGCUAUGCCGUGUCCACUCCUCCUUCCUCCCCACCUCCCGCCAAGUGUAUCAACAAUACCGUUGCUCGAUCCCCUGCCGAAACUGAAGAUUAUAUUGCUUUGGAAGAGGAAGAAACCUUACCAUUAAGCGAAGCGGGGUCUCAUUCAGAAGAAGAUGCUGAGCACGAUUCGCUCAAUGAGCAAGAGAUCGAUGCUGUCAUGCAGCAACUGAAUGACGAAAAUAACUCAGGUCUCGGCAUAGAAAGAUUCAACACCCCACAACCGGAAAUGGAAGAAACAUCUGGGGAAUUAUUCGGUGGGGGACCGCGUCUUAUUCCCAGCUAUGCCAUCCGCAGCAACGCUCCCAGUCCAAGCCCGCAAGGAUCUCGUCCACUCUUUGCCAACGUGCCCAAGAUCGACUCUGCGUUUGGUGGGCCCGCGCAUCACAUUUUAUCGCCACAGCGAAGUGCAAUUAGCGACAGCAACUCUCCCAUAUGCCAUCUCAAUAAUCCUGAAAUCGAACACGUGAGUGAUUGGGACGAUGCCAUUUCAGUCGGCGAGGACGCCAAAUUGCGGCAGCGAAGUCGUUUCUUCGAUAGACAUGUCAAUGACAUUGUUGGUGGGAUAAUUGAAGACCGCCUCGAUCCGCUGGAGAGGGCUUUGGGUGUCAUACAGCAGUCUAUCGAUAUCAUUGCUGCGAACCAAGUGCUGAAUCAGAAUCAUAAUCAGAAUACGCGCAGAAGUGCAUCUGCGGGCGUUGAGCAUAGUGAUGCCGAUGACGAGGAUGACGAGGAGGACGAUGAAGCUCUCCGAUACAGGUCCAGAUCUCCAUUAAAUAGGCGCGUUAGACACGUCAAUAGUAUCAAGCAAGCUGUCGCUGAAGCUCUGGCUAGCCAGGUUCCUCGAAUCGAAGUCCCUGUACCUCCUCCCGCCCCUGUGAUUGAUCUUACGGAAAUUCACGUUGCACUUGCUGAGUUGAAGACACUAGUUGCGCCUAAACCAGUUGAACCAGUUCCAGAGCCACCAAUUGAUUUGAAGCAAGUUAUUAUUGAUGCCAUUUCAGAACACCCGCGACUCAAUGCACCUGUUGAAUCUGUUUCUCAUACGGAUAACAUUGAGGCGUUGAAGAUGCAAGUUGAGGGAUUGCAGACAAUGUUACGAGUUGCAGAUGAGCGGGCUGAAAAGGAGUAUCAAAUUCGUAGAGACGCUCAAGAUUCUGUAGCACAAUGCCAAAGGCUUCUCAGGAUUGCUGAGGAGGAUGCUGCGUAUCAUCGUGAGUUGGUAAUGAAGACAGAAGAGGCCUUCAGGGACCUGAAGGAGCGGACGAUCCCCGAAACAGAGCGGAUCGAGAGGCAGUCUAGACUUUUGCAAGAGCAGCAAGAGAGUCUGCAACUCACUCUGUCUGAACUGUCCGGGAAGAACAUUAGUCUCGAGGAAACUCUUGAUGAGUACAGGGUCUCUGCAGAUCAAUGGCGGUCUCAGGUUGAGAGGGUUAAAAAGGAGAAUAAGGAUCUUAAACUCACGAUUAACCAUAUGAAGGAACAAAUCGAAGACAGCAUGGCUGCAAGGCAGGGUCUUCGUAAGAAGUUUGAGAGACUCCAGGAUGACAUGAUCAGCGCGUCUCGGGAUAUUGCCCGCAACCAGGCUACCUGGCGCAAGACGGAAGAGGAUCUAAUUGCUAAAAACAACGCUCUUCGAGCAACUUGCGAUCGUGAAGUGAAGUUAAGGGAAAAAUUGGAAAUGGACAUCAGCGACCUUCAACAGCAUGAGAAGGAGGCUACAAAACUGCGAUUCAUCUUCGGGCAGUCGCAGCAGGAAAAUGCACGACUUGAGGAACUGGUGAUGUCCCUCAAACAAGAAAACCACGAUUUGCGAAACAAAGCUACACGGUUCGAGCGCGAGUUUAACGAUGCGCGGGAAAGUAGCCAUAUUGAAAUCAAGAUGGCUAGGAAGGUUAUGGAGGCGGAUAUUGAUGCUGCUAAUAAUCAGGUCAACUACAUCCGUGCUGGGCUAGAAUCGCAAAUCAGCAAUCUUCAGAACCAGCUGGAUAAUGUCAGAUUGGAUGCGGAUACGGCCAAGGCAAGACACGAGUUGCAGCUUGAAGAGGCCACUGAUGCAAAGAAACUUGCACUCGCAGAAGCUGCUGAGUCAAAAGAGAGUGCUCUCCAGCAGCAGCGUCUAUUACAAGAACGUGGGCUCAAUGAUCUCCGCGAACGACAUGCCCGCGCCUUGCACAAUUCUUCUGACGAUAGACAGCGCAGUGAAGCGCGUCUAAUGGAACUGCUCUUGCUGCGAGAUGAAAAGAUUUCGAAUAUGGAAAGUAAGCUCUCCCAUGUCGAAGAGAAGCUUGAGAUUGCGAAAUCGGCAGCGCAGGCAGCAGCACAAGCGGCACAGAAAUCUAAUCCAGCUCCGAUCCUAUCGCCUAUUCAACCAACUUCGCCAUCCAUGACGUACCGCAGAGGGUCUGAGAUCCCUGAGAAGAUCUCGCCACAGGCGUUUCGAGAGUCAAUCAUAGUUUUGCAGGAUCAAUUGCAGCAGCGUGAAGGACGCAUCGAGGAGUUAGAACAGGAACUGGCAGAAAUCGAUAAAGAUGCACCUGCAAAAGUGAAAGAGCGCGAGACAGAAAUCAACUGGCUCCGCGAGCUCCUUGGAGUACGUCUGGAUGAUCUGCAAGACAUCAUCGAUACACUCUCCCAACCAACUUUCAACCAGCAAGCCGUCCGCGACGCCGCCAUCCGCCUCAAGGCAAACGUACAGAUGGAACAGCAAGAAAAGGAGCGGGCUACAUCCGGCGGCCGCCAGCAGUUUCCGUCAUUAUCUACCCUCUCCACCCUCGCCGCCUCCCACCGCUCCUUACCCUUAGCCGCCGCAGCAGCCUGGGGCAACUGGCGCAAAGCGCGAGAAAACUCCGCCAUAUCCAAUACAUCCACAACCGCCAACGACCACCAUACCCCUUCCAAGGGCUCCAACAACCCAUCCAGCUUCCUUUCCGGUCUCCUAACCCCACCCAGCUCAAACAUCCGCCAAUCUCCCGCAACGUACAGCGCCCCUCCUGUCCCCAUGCCAAUGGGCGCUAGCAGCCGACGCACCUACUCCGAAAGCAGAUCCCUACGGUCUUAUAAUCAUCCCAGCAGCGGUAUUGGUCCACGCAGACUCUCCACGCGCCAAAGGGAGAAAAUACCGCAAGACCUAGGACCACCCUCGACGCCGCCGCUACUUCACCAGUCCAGCUACGACCGUGAUGCUGAGACGACUAGUUAUGGGGAAGCUGCGUAUGGCUAUGACUAUGGCGAUGAUAGCGAUAGCAUACUUGGCGAGGUAAUUUCGGCGCAAGAGUCUGGGUCUGCGGGUGUGGACGGGCCGUUUGGGCCUUCGAUAUGA